UGGAAGAGCACAGUUUCUCCUCGGCUCACAGUGAACACAACUCAGACUAUUAUUCUGGACUCCACGGCUCGUCCUGAUGGGCUGCCUCAACCUCACCAGCAGAAACGAGACUUUGCCUGGCAAGCAGCCCUUCUCGGUGCAGACCUCAGUGUUGCUCACCACCCUGGUGGGGAUGCUCAUUUUACUAACCGUGUUUGGCAACGUCAUGGUAGUGAUUGCUGUAAUCACAAGCCGAGUCCUGAAGGCACCCCAGAACUUGUUUUUAGUCUCUCUGGCUUUCGCAGACAUUCUGGUUUCCACCUUAGUGAUGCCCUUUUCCUUAGCAAACGAACUCAUGGGUUACUGGUACUUUGGCACAGUGUGGUGUGAAAUCCACCUGGCUUUGGAUGUUCUCUUUUGCACUUCAUCCAUCGUUCACCUGUGCGCCAUAAGCCUGGACAGGUACUGGUCUGUGACUAAAGCCAUCGAGUAUAACCUGAAGCGGACGCCCCGCAGGAUUAAAUGCACAAUCUGCUUGGUUUGGGCGCUUGCAGCCUUGAUUUCAUUUCCCCCGCUCAUCACAAUGACAAAGAAGGAGGGAGGAAAGGACAACCCUGCGUGCAAGAUCAACGAGGUGAAAUGGUAUAUCAUAUCCUCAAGCAUUGCAUCCUUCUUUGCACCCUGUGUCAUCAUGAUUAUGGUGUAUGUCCGGAUCUAUCAGGUUGCCAAGAAAAGAACCAGAGCCUCACCGGGAGAACGGCAAAGAGAGAACGGCAAUUUAGAGAACACCCAAUUUGACAUGGACCCCGGAGAAAAGCAAGAAAAAGAAAUGGAUGAGCCGAAAGAUGGGGAAGAGGUCUACGGGCUGGAUGUGGAGGAAGAGCCGUCCUCCUCUGAUGGGAAUGAAAACAUCUUGUGUUCCCUGAUGAAAAAGAGGAGCGGAAGAACACCCAAAGUGACUCAGGUGAAAUCUAAAGAAACUUAUACAAAGGCAGAGGACCUGUCCUCUGCGAGGGCGAGCAAGUGGAAGGGAAGGCAGUACAGAGAGAGGCGCUUCACCUUCGUCCUGGCUGUGGUCGUGGGAGUGUUUGUUCUUUGCUGGUUCCCCUUUUUUUUCACCUACACGCUUGCAGCAGUUUGUGACACGUGCUGCAUCCCAGAGACGCUGUUCAAAACCUUCUUCUGGUUCGGUUACUGCAACAGCUCACUAAAUCCGGUGAUAUACACUAUAUUCAAUAAAGACUUCAGAAAAUCAUUCAAAAAAAUCCUUUGCAAAAGAAACACAGGAGGUUUGUAAUUAAAACAAAACAAACAAAAAAAAAAUUGUAUUAUGCUUGUUUUGCAAUCUGUAUUACAAUGUUGCAGCAUGCCAGUUUAGAGUUUUGAUAUUGUAUAACUGUGACAUUGUGGGUGGCUAUUUAUGAAAAAUGUUACAUUGUUCAUGUUUAUCAUAAUUAUAAUAUUGUCAUGAAGUACAAAUUUAAAAUGACACAGAUGCAUCAAAACAUGACUUAUAUCUGCAUGCUUUUAGGAGAUGGUAUAAAUCUCCUAAAAUUUCAAAGUUUGUAAAUAAACAUAACUUGGCACAUUA